AUGUCUUUCCUGAAUAAUUUAGGAGGCAAGGGCAUUGCAAAGAUGGCCGGGGAGAAAGCAGGGGAUUUUGUGGAACAAACUGUUAGUAAUAUUAUGGAUAAGAAAGACAAGGCUGGAGGCGAGGGUGGUGAAGCUAAAGCUCAAGGGGAAGACAAAAGCGGCUUUGACAUCUCCAAUGUUGUGAGCCUCGGAGACAAAAAAGAAGAGAAAGGCGGCCUGGACAUUGGGAACGCGCUGGGCAUGCUCGGAGGAGACAAGGACAAGGACAGCGGCGGUGGCCUGUCCGGAGCCCUCGGAAAGCUCUUUUAA